GUACUUUUCCCAUUGCAGUCACACUGUAACUGUCUUGUUUUUGUUAAAUAAUAAUUUUUUCUGUCAAAUUUAGCAAUCAUUAUGCCUAAACAACCAUCGUUUGUGUCGCGCAACCUGGUCACCAUUGUGAUGGUGCCCAGCCUGAUUGGCAUACACCUGGGCUGGAGCUACAUGCAGAACAAUCGCAAAUUGGUCACAGAAUCGGAGCAGAUAGACUCCCCGCCGGUCACGUUUGCCAGAUUCGUUUGGCACAAGAUAACAGGUGAAGGAGAACAGAGUACGGCGGAGACGCAGCCGACAAGCAGUGCGAAAUGAGGCAGACAUGAGAGGGGGCAGAGGACAUGGAUUGAUCUUAAAAUAUACAAUCUAUUUAUUGUAUAGAAUUAAUUAAAAACUACAAACGAACGGUA